AUGACGAGAACAAGCAAUGCAAGUUCUCCAGCAGUCUUUAUACUCCUGGGCUUCUCUGCACGACCCUCCCUUGAACCUAUCCUUUUCUUGCUUGUCUCUAUUUUUUAUGUGGUUUCAAUUGUGGGCAAUAGCAUCAUCAUUCUGGUAUCAUGCAUGGAUGUGCGGCUCCACACUCCCAUGUACUUCUUCCUCACUAACCUCUCCUUCCUGGACAUUAGCUUUAUCACAAGUAUUGUCCCACAACUCCUGGUCAACCUGUGGGGACCACAGAAAACCAUAAGCUAUGGAGGUUGUGUGGUCCAAUUCUACGUCUCUCAUUGGCUGGGAGCAACAGAGUGUGUUCUCCUGGCAGUCAUGUCCUAUGAUCGCUAUGCUGCCAUCUGCAGGCCCCUCCACUACACUGCAAUCAUACAUCCACAGCUUUGUGCGGGCCUGGCCUUUAUUUCAUGGUUUGGAGGUUUCAUCACCAGCAUGGUGGGCUCCACACUCACCAUGCUGCUACCACUGUGUGGAAAAAAUCAUAUCGAUCACUUUUUUUGUGAGAUGCCCCUCAUUAUGCAAUUAGCUUGUGUGGACACCAGCCUCAAUGAGCUAGAGAUGUACCUGGCCAGUUUUAUCUUUGUUGUCUUGCCUCUGGGUCUUAUUUUGAUCUCAUAUGGUCACAUUGCUCGUGCUGUGUUGAAGAUCAAGUCGGCAGAAGGGCGAAGGAAGGCAUUCAACACUUGCUCUUCCCAUGUGGCAGUGGUAUCCCUGUUUUAUGGGAGCAUCAUCUUCAUGUACCUCCAGCCAGCCAAGAGCAACUCUCACGAGAAAGGAAAGUUCAUAGCGCUCUUCUACACUGUAGUCACCCCGAUGCUGAACCCACUGAUUUACACACUGAGGAACAAGGACGUGAAGAGAGCCCUCAGGCAUAUUUUAUUAGAGAAAUGCUGUGGUUUUGCAGUGAAAUGA